UCAAGAUCUACUUAGCAAAAUACCGCAGCUCAAAAAGAACCAAAGUUAUGAUAGUGAAGAUGAUGACGACGCAGAAUUAUUCAAGCCAGUGGCGAGUGAUCUUAAAAAUGUAAAUAAAAAUCUACCGGAGAUUAGAUCAAAUAAUAGUUGGAACCCAGAUUAUGAUCAUGACAGUGAUGAUUCUGAUGAUAUGUUUGUGCCUCCACCUCAAGUUAACCCCAGAAAAAGCUUGGAAUCAUCAAAACCUACAAUACCAACAAAACCAACAAUAAAAUCUGGAGAAUCCCCGAGAAAAUUACUUGAAGUCCAAACUAUCAAUAUUUUCAAUUCUGAUGACUCAGAUGAUUCUGAUGAUCUGUUCAAGCCUCCCCCUCAAGUAAAUCCCAGAAAAAGUUCUGCAUCUAGACAAAUGUCAACAGAAUCAACAACCAAAUCACCAGAAGUAUUUAAACCGAUAAUAACUCCUCAGGAUUUACUUAGUAAAUUACCUCAGCUUAAAAAGAAUCAGAGUCAUGAUAGUGGAAAUGAUAAAACUGAACCUAAAAGUGUACAGGAAAAAAUGCCUGAAAUUAAAUCUACUCCGAGUUGGAAUGACGAUAGUGAUGAUUCUGACGACAUGUUCAAACCUUCUCCUCCUCAAGUAAUUCCCAGAAAAAGCUUGGAACCUUCAAAACCCUCAUUAGCAACAAAACCAACGAUAAAAUCAGAAGAGUUACAAAGAAAACUUCCUGAUAUCAAAUCAAAUGAUAGUUGGAAGGCUGAAAGUUAUUUUGAUGACUCUGAUGAUUCUGACGAUUUGUUCAAGUUGCCACCGAAAGUAAAUCCUAGAAAAAGUUUGAAAUCCACAAAAAUAUCAACAGAAUCAACAUCCAAAUCACCAGACGUAAUCGAACCGUCAACUACUCCUCAAGCUUUACCUAGAAAAUUACCUGAGCUUAAAACGGAUCCAAAUCAUGAUAGAGAAGAUGAUGAAGAAUCAUUCGAACCAACAAAAAACGUACACGAAAUUCUUCCUGAAAGUAAAUCAAAUCCUAGUUGGAUUCUGGAUCCUGGUCAUGAUAGCGAUGAUUCUGAUGAUUUGUUCAAACCACCACCUCAAGUAAAUCCUAGGAAAAGCUUGGAAUCUAAAAAACUGCCACCAGAAUCAACAUCUAAAUCACCUGAAAUAUUUAAGCCGUUAACCAAUCCUCCAGGUUCGCUCAAAAAAAUCCCGCAGCUUAAAACGAAUCAGAAUCAUUAUAGCGAAGAUGAUGAUGAUGAAUAUGAAGAAAUAUUCCAAGCAACACAAAAAGAUCUCAAGAAUUCACAUAAAAAUCUACCUGAGAUAAAAUCAAAUAAUAGUUGGAAUCCUGAUAGUGAUUCAGACGAUUCUGAUGAUCUAUUCAAGUUGCCACCUCAAGUUAAUCCAAGAAAAAGUAUUGAAUCUACAAAACCAACAUUACCUACAACUCCGACGGUAAAAUCUGAAGAGCAACCAAGGAAAUUACCUGAAAUCACCUCUACCAAUACUUUGAACUUUGCCAGUGAUUCUGAUGAUUCUGACGAUCUGUUCAAACAGCCACCCCGAAUAACACCUCGGAAGAGUUCGGACACAACCAGUCCUAAAGAAGUACCUGUAAAACUAUUUGAAAACAAAUUCGAUCAAAGUUGGAACCUUGAUAGUGACAGUGACGACGAUCUAUUUAAAAUAAAAAAAUGA